AUGGGUAUACCUCUACCAAAGCCCGUUAUGACACAGCUGCGGGAGCGCCACGGCAAUGAAAUAUUCCGCUGUGGCUCAAGCUGCGUCAAUGGAUUCCGUGAAAGUAUGGAAGAUGCACACAUCAUAUACCUUCAGCCUGGAUGGGGAUUUUUUGGUGUUUUUGACGGCCAUGUCAACGACCAGUGCUCACAGUACCUGGAAGGUGCAUGGAAGGAAAUUCUUGAAAAGGAGAAAAUGCCGAUGACGGAUGAUCGCAUGAAGGAACUUGCUUUGGAGAUUGACAAACAAUGGAUGGACUUAGGCCGAGAAGGCGGCAGCACCGGUACUUUUUUUGCCGCCAUGAAGAAGGAUGAUAAUAUUCAUUUGCAAGUUGGUAAUGUUGGUGAUUCGCGCGUUCUGGUCUGCGUGAAUGGCCAAGCUAGAGCAAUGACAGAGGAUCACAAGCCUAACAACAAUGAUGAGAGACGUCGAAUUGAAGAUUGUGGCGGUCGUGUUGAGGGUAAUCGUGUUGACGGAAGCCUAGCUGUGAGCCGGGCCUUUGGAGAUCGUGAUUACAAAACCAAUACCACUGGUAGCCAACUACAGCAGAAGGUGAUUGCGCUUCCGGAUGUGACCCAUGUGGACUUAACCUGGGGUAGCAAGGACUUUGCCGUGUUGUGCUGCGAUGGCGUUUUCGAGGGUCAAUUCAGUAAUGAAGAGGUUGUGGAAUUUAUUAAGUUACAGCUUGAGACAUCAGAUGAUCUUGCAGUCAUUGCAGGUAGAGUGUGCGAAGAGGCUGUAAAUCGCGGUAGUCGCGACAACGUCUCAUGUGUAAUCGUUCAAUUCAAGAGUGGCAAGGACUACGCGGACACUGACCACCUUGAGGUAGUCCCAGGACCAUUUAGCCUGCCUAAAAAUGGUGUUUUCCGCAAAGUAUAUGGCAUCAUGGCGCAGAAGGCAGGCUGUACAAUUCACGAGGUCCUAGAAAAGCGUUACGACCAGCUUGUUUCCAUGGACAAAGAGCUUUUGCAGGAGGAGUGGCAAUGGUUCAAGGGCGGACCGCCUGCCAGCUUGAAGGGGAAGGAUCGCACACAGUGGUUUGCCGACCUGUUGGAGCAGCAUGCGGCAGAGAGUCCAUCGGACAGCCGAUCAGAGCAGCUGGAGCGUAUUCAGUUGCUACAGCAGCAGAUAGGUGUCCCACUGCCUGUCCUGCUUUCUUUGAUGGCAGGUCAGACGCAGGAAUAA